UGGACAAGGUACCGUCUACGAUGAAGAUGGAAAAAUAGAGCAAUGGACAUUGAUGAAGAAUAUGUCCCUUUCAACACCGAGAGCUUAAUGACAUUAAGUAGAUACAAGUCAUUGAGUCCUUAUAAUUUAGAUCCUAGCAAUGAGAAUUUCGACAUUGUUAUGCAUGACUUGGAGGCAAAAAAAAAAAAAAAAAAUACGUUAGGAACAAUCAGCCAAAAAGUACAAUGUCUAUACUGCUGACGAUCAAACAUCAUUUGUAUACUUCAGAAAAAUAAAGCUUUUGAGUGCAGCUGUGGCAGGUAGAGGUAGCUGGUAUUGUUGAACGUACCGCUCAAACUUGGACUACGAGACUGGACAAUGAUCCUAUAUUGGGAUAUAUUUGGGAAGGAAACCAAGAAGAUCAACCGACCUAAGGCGCAACUACGAGAAGAGAACAAGCAUCGUUCAUUAGAGUUCUUUGAUGAAUACACUCAAGCUACAAGAAAUGAUGCCAUGGACAGUUUAACAGAAAAAGAAAAAUUUGAAGGGCUAAAUAUAAAAGGAUUCUCUUUUGGUAGUUUUAUACUGCAUGAGUGCAACUUGACUGUUAAAACAGUUACUCGUCAUCCAGCUGCAAAGAAAUAAUGACAAUAAUUUUCGAUUAGACGCCUACGCCUACGCCUAAAGUGGGUGGAAAAAAUGGAGUAAAAUGGAUAUCGACUUCUUAAGUAGUUGCGCUUCUGUUGAUGACAUUAAUAAGAAAAGUUCUUAUGCACGUUCAGCUCGAGGUACAUCGGCAACAACCAUUAAAGCAAUUUAUCCACACUGGUUUAGGAGCUAACACAUACUCCAUUGGAUCGUAAACUUUUUUUCUCCUUCUUCAUUAAGAAAUGUUUUCAUGUUCAUCUUUAUAAAAGAAAAAGGUAUUCAUCAUUAUGUUA